AGUCCAGCAGCAUUAGCACAAAUGCCUGAAGCUGUUAGUGGACGGAGACGUAAAAAACGUACCAGUAUUGAAACAACUGUUCGUGUUUCAUUGGAACGUGCAUUCAUACAGAAUCCAAAACCAACAUCCGAAGAGAUUUGUAUGUUAGCCGAUGUAUUAUGUAUGGAAAAAGAAGUGGUACGUGUUUGGUUUUGUAAUCGACGACAAAAAGAAAAACGUAUCAAUCCAUUGGGUCCGGGUUGUGGUUCACCACUUAGUUCAUCACCAACCGAUAUGAUGUUUUAUUCCGGUGAUUCUUAUGUUGAUCAAAUUGGAAAUCGAUCAUCCAAUAGUUCAACAUCAUCUUUAUAUGGUGGUAUUGGUGGUGGUGGUGGUGAUUCUCCAAUCCCUACAAAUAAAUCUCAUAAUCAAUCAUUAAUAGGUCAUUUAAAUUUAUCACAACAACAACAACAACGAACUAAACAUCAUCAACAUUCGAUUUCGACAUUAUUAGAUGACGAUGAUGAUGAUGACGAUAUUGAUGUUGACAAUGAUGAUUAUGUUGAUGAUGAUAAUGAUUCCUCAAUGGUUAAUAAUCAACUACAACGACAACGGCAAUCACCAAUGAAUACAGCGUCCACGAAUGCAUCAACAACAACGAAUGCAGACUGAAUUCCUUGAUGAAUAACAAAUCAAUCAAUUACAAAUCACCUUCUUUUUUAACCUUAAAUUAACCAUUGCC